AUCAUAACAGUUGUAUGAACUUUAAACUAUAAAAAGAAUGGAGCCAAAAAUCAUAUGAAUGAAGUGCGCCAUUAAUGUCUGCCACAGCCCGAUCCAAGCUCCAAACUGAAGGACACGUUCUAGUUGACGCCAGAUUGAGGUGUGGAUUCAGGGCACAGGCGCUUUUUUAUCUUCGAGAAACAGCGGUGGAAGGCCUAGCAAGAGCUGGUGCUGGCGUGUGAGGAUACCUGAACAUGGGUUAUACCCCAGUCCAGGUUAUGAUUGCCUUUAUUGCAGCUCUAGUAGCUUUUUGGAUCUACUUAUCAAAAUUUGAAAGCACAUAAUUUGCAGGUCAGGCCAGGAAACACUAUGUCAGGACCAGCGGCUGAGCGGGCCAGAGAUAAGAAGGAAACGUUUGAUAUCCUGAUGGAGAUCUCCAACAUCCUAAACACGGGGCUGGACGGUGAGACGCUCUCCACGUGUGUGCGACUGUGCGAGAACGGCGUCAACCCAGAAUCGCUGGCUAACGUGAUCUGCGAGCUGCGCCGCGAGUCGGCCGCGCUCCGGGAGGCUGAGGCCGUCCAGCCGCCGCCAUCGGCCACCUAGCCGCGCAGCCCGCUCUGUGGUGCCGGUGGCGGAUGCGACGCCACUGCCCCGUACUGGCCUCGCAGCCCCGGGCGCCAGAGCGCCGCACUGGCGCCGCAGCCCCGGACGCCGGAGCGCCAUACUGGCCUCGCAGCCCCGGGCGCCAGAGCGUCGCACUGGCUCCGCAGCCCCAGACGCCACAGCGCCAUACUGGCGCCGUACCCCGGCCGCCGGAGCGCCAUACUGGCGCCGUAUCUCAGCCGCCUGAACGCCGUACUGGCGUCGCAACCCGGUCGUCGGGGUGCUAUAUUGGCGCUGUAUCCCGGAUGCCGUAGCGCCAUACUGGCUGCCGCAGCCCCGUUCCCCGGCCGCCGGAACGCUACACUAGUGCAGCCGCUCCGGAUGCCACACGUCCGUGUCCCGUCCGAUAUGUGACGUCCCGCGACGUUGUGGGAAUCCAAACUCAGUGAUCAGGUCACAUGCAUGCCUUUGAUGACUGGCAACCGUGAUUCAUUGGGCAAUGGGAAUGGGUCAGAAGUCAUUCGUGCUCAUAAAUGUGUAACUGCGUGUUUGGGCUGUGUUGUAAGGAACAACGGGGUUUCGUGUUUUGUGUUUUUAACCAGAAGCAGUAUUAGCUCAGAACAUGUACGAACAUUAACAAGAAAUAUAAAUCAAAUAAAUUGUAACCCCAGCUA